AUGGCUCCCCGGAAGAAGUCAGCUGCCCACGCUGUAUCUCCGGAGGAGCCGCAAUUCGCGAAUCCAAACCAGGAUUGGCAUGUGGAGAUUCAAGCAGCUUUGGACAAGAUUCAAGGCUACUAUGGCGCCGACUUUGACAAAGCCCCUCCAUUGUCAGUUGAAGAAGGGUUCCAAGCUCCUGUGGAUUUGGAACUUGUGGAGGAGAGAUUGGAUUCUGCUGAGUGGUCGGAGCCAAUUCUGGCCAGUGGUGGGGUCAAUGCACUUUGGGCAUCACCCAUGACAUCCAUGACCCCAAAUGUCACGAUCAACCAGAAGGCGCUCAAGUCUUUCAUGGAGAACUUUUGGCCAGCGGGGAUGGUCCGGCCUCUCACUGAGCCUGUUGACUUCAGGGCAGUGCGAGGACCUGGAGGCAUGCAGCGCUUGUCGCCUGAGGAGCCAGUUCAGGCGCUUGUCUUGAAGGUUGCUUCGCGCAUUGAGGCUGAAGCCGACGAAGAAGAGUUGGAAAAAUGGAGGAAGUGUUUGCUUAGCUGUCCUGGAAGAUUUGUGCGGGCCGAAGCUUGGGAAGACCAAUAUUUCUGGUCUGUGAACAGCCGCAGGAGAACAAGUGACUUGUCAAAAUCAGUCACCCAUCUAUGCAGCCAAAUCGUGAGCGACAUUUGGAUGUUCAAAAGAAGGAGGGAAGCUGCUCACAACAGGACUUUCACAGCCCAAGAGAUCGCUGACGCUUAUUCCGAGCACAUGGUUGACACUCGUGGGGACGAGGAACCCCGCAGCGAUGUCAAGAUCGUCGAAAGGGCCCUGACAGUGUAUGACAAGGUCCUUGGCAUCCCAUCUGUGCGGAGAUUGAUCGAAAAGAGUGAGCAUUUCCAUGGUGUGAAAAGCCCUUGGAAUUCAAUCAACAAACUGAUUGAAGUGCAUUACAAGUGCAAAACAGCUGCCAAAGUGGAAUGGUUCUUCAUGUGCACCGACCUUGGUCUGGAGUUGGGGCAAAUCGAGAUUGGUGAUCUGAGCGUCAACAAGUUAAAGGGGACAGCUGGAAAAACUGGCAUGGCAGACCUGAUCCUGUUCAAGAAGGGCAUAAAAGACUUCUUUCUUACUCGCUUCCUGGAUGUUCGGAACUUCAAAGCGGACCAGAAAGAGUUCAUGAGAGAAGCGUUCAAGGACCAGGAGGCCUACAUGUCAAAGCUCUUGCAUGCAGACAGAACUUUGAUGAGCUCUUGGGGUGGGGCUGCCAGCAAAACCCUUGACAUGAUUGAAAACACUUGCUAUUCCUUCGAUGGCAGUGAAGGCUCCACAAUCAAGACAGGAAUCAAGCAAGGGAAGACAGCGCAGGAGAUUGUCGAGGACUACAACCCAUGGAAAACUAUGAUCGAGGAAAUUGAUGCAGCUUUGGCUGUUGAGAGCUCUGCCAUGAAGAUUGAGCCAGAGAGCUCAGCUACAGCUACUCCAACGCAAACUGCAUCCGUUGGCUCGACUGAGGCUAAGGAUUCCAAAUUUGUUUUGGCUGCAGAUGAAGGCAUCAACCUUGACACAGUUGAAGAAUCAUGGAGCAAUUUUGUGGACAGGCAGAUCUCCAAGUAUGUGGCUCUUGUUGUCGAGAAGGGCUUGUCUCAGGGACAGCUUGCCAAAGAGCUGCAGAAAUCCACCCUUGCGAAGAUCGAUGGGUCUUCUGCAGGAAAUGUGUGCAUUGUCUUCGACGCCAACCUGUUUGGGGAAUCCAUCACCGCCCCUCACAUUCGUGCCUGUCCUCUGCAAAACACAGUAGUCUCCAAGCUCUGGAAAGCUGUGCAGGAGACCCGUGCCUCAAGUGAGCCAGGCAUUGUGAAACCUAAUGACGUGGUGAUCCUCUUGGACGGUGGGAAGAAGAAUGCCAACAACAUGCUCAGCUGCUUUGGCUUGUCCGCGAAGGAGCGAAGCACUAUCGACAAAGGACGAAAACCCAAGGAUGGGAAAACCAUGGCCAGGCAGAUCAUGGUGUUCUUUACUGAGGAAAGCGUUCAAGCGAGGAAGUGGAGGAAGAAAAACAGGAAUGAUCCCUUGAACUGCUGCCAGAUCGCCCAUGUGUUCUACAAUGGAACUACCCAGAUCAAUGUCAGGGAUCACAAGCAUUUCAACAAAGCAUCCAACAUGAGCAACACUCUGGGCCCAAUCUCCUUGCAGCCAUUCUCCAUGCUUCCAAAGAUGACUGUGGGCCAGAAGAAGGAGUUCUGGGCCAGUCGCCGUCGAGCUGUUGGAGGAAAGACCGCUGAGGAUGCUGAAGAUGACGAUGGAAGUGGAGAAGAAGCUGAAGAGGACGACGAAGAGAUGGAGGACGUGAAGGAAGUGGAUGGCAUUGUCGUCUCAGCUGUCGGUGGUGGCCGUGGCAGCCAAGGAGUUCCAAAUGAUGCCGUCCAACCCAUUUGCUUCCAACAGCUGCCAAGGAUUGUGACAGACUCUCUGGUCCAUGCUUUCUGGGGCCUCUCUGUCAUUGACCUUUCGCCUGGGGCAGGAGAGCUGUGCUGCGACACUGUCAUGAGCUCCACUGGGUACUUGGGCAUUUGCCAUUCCCAAUUCCAGAAAGACUUCAUCAUGACAAAGUUGAAGAAGGAAAUGCUGGCAGCCAUGGCCAAGCCUGAUUCGAAGAUGUACUCGGCAGCCUAUGCCCAGACCUUGAAGCGCUCCGCUGACACAGAGGGCGGCGGCGAUGCCAAGAAGCCCAAGCUUCCUGCGCCCACACCGGUUAAGGAGGGGCAGCAUGAGCUUUUCAAUGUGCUCUUGGAUCUCCUGCCUACCAAGAGUGGGCUUGUGACCAACCACCAAGCCGACCAGAUUUUUCUGAAUGGUGACAUGCACCGAUGGCAUCGUCUCAUUUUUCGACCUAGUGCUGAGGAGUUCCAAUGCGAGACUUUCAUCAAGCUCUACCUGGACUUGAAGCGUGAGAGUGGCUACUUGAAUUCUUUGUUUGGUCGCUACAAGACGCAGCACAUGCAGGCGGCAAGUCCGAAAAAAUUCGCAAAGAUGUGGCAUGACAGAUGGCACGAACUUGAACAGAUCAACUAUGCCUCGUACCAUUUGCUGCCGCAUGAGAUGGACCAACUAGACUGGGCAUUUCGCCUAUGCCAGGCGGAUCGCCAAUGCGAGACUUUCAUCAAGCUCUACCUGGACUUGAAGCGUGAGAGUGGCUACUUGAAUUCUUUGUUUGGUCGCUACAAGACGCAGCACAUGCAGGCGGCAAGUCCGAAAAAAUUCGCAAAGAUGUGGCAUGACAGAUGGCACGAACUUGAACAGAUCAACUAUGCCUCGUACCAUUUGCUGCCGCAUGAGAUGGACCAACUAGACUGGGCAUUUCGCCUAUGCCAGGACAAAUUGUGUCCAGGCAUGCCAAUCCUCGGAAGUGAGUGCCACAGCUUGUCCAAGAGUCUUCUUGGGCUGACGCUUAGGAGCAGCCCAGACAGGGAUGACGAUGAGCAGAAUGUGAAAGAAGAGGAGGAGGAACAUGAAAUCCGCCCAAUAGCCGGUGGAGGCUGGCCAGAGGGAAGGUCGUCGCAAGCACCCUGCGUCGAUCUUCCCUCUGACCUGCACGGACUGAAUGAGCAGCAGUUGGAAGUGGAACGGGCACGACGGUGGAGGAGAAGGACAGAUGAGGAGUUCCUCAAGUUCAAGGGCAAAGGAAAAGGCCUAAAAGGAAAAGGAGCUGAGCCGCAUGCAACAGUCGGCCAGGAGGAGGAGGAGGAGGAGGUGAAUCUCCCAAGCAUUCCUGAAGAGGAGGAGGUACAUGCUGCAACGAACGUUCAAGAACAUGCUGGCGCACUCCUCAGAGGCGGGGACACAGAGACGGUCCUUCGCAAAGGAGAGGACCGCGAUGGCAAAUGCGGCGAAGGUGUGUUGGACCUGGAGAAAAGACUUGCAGAUGCACAGGAGUCAAGGAAAAAAGACGCUGCAGAAGAGCAAAAGAGGGCAAAGAUGUUGCAGGAUCUCUGGAAGAACUACCAGGUCCGCGUCAGGGAGUCGGAGCAGAGCCACAUGAGACGUGAGGAACUGAAAUGGAAGAAGGAACAAAAGAAACUGAAGAAGCAGCAAAAGAAGGCAGCUGAGGCCACGAAGGCCAAGGAAAAGGAAAGAGUCAAAGAGGCCAAAAAGGUGGUGGAUUUGCUCACAUGUUAUUCCAGAGGCCAGAGGCGCCGCACCAAAGGGCAUGAGUGGCCACAAGCGCAAAUCACCGAGUACAUGCUGAGCGAGGCCGAGGAAGAAGGUGAUGGCAUCGCCUUCAAAGAGAGAGAACGUUUUGAGAAGGAGAAGGGCAAGAACCAGGCAGUUGCAGAGAGGUCUUUUAUCCUCACCAUGUUUGGCAGCCAGAUUGACGAUGAAGAGAUGGAGGUUCAAGAGCUUGCGGGAGAGCAGGAUCAAAUUGUUGAAAGAGCCAAAGGCACCACGACCUUCGAAGUGUUGGAAGCCUUCGAGCAUGGCUGGGGCAACUGGGCUGGAAUGCCAGAGCAUGGCAUCAUUGUGGAUCGUGCCAAGUACUUCCUCAGCCUUUGGAAGGCCAUGUUUAGACAGCUAUGUUGGCCCCAGCAAGUGAGUGGAAAAGAAGGUGUCCUCUUGGCAACUGCAGCCAUAAAUUCAGCUCGCAACAACCUGGCGAGAAAGUCAGGCUUUGCGCCCAUUCAGUGGGUCCUUGGAAGAACUACCAGACUCCCAGCUGACCUCAUGCAUGAGGGUGAGGUGGCGCGACUUGGAGCUCAAGCAGCCGCUGAGACACCAACCACACGUUUCUUUAGGAAGAACCAACUGAGAAUGGCAGCUCAUGAAGCCUUUGUCAAGACCGCCAACAAUGAAGCACUUCGUCGAGCUGAGCUUAGAAGAGUCCGACCUACCAGAGGGCCAUUCCAUGUGGGCUCCUAUGUCUUCUUCUACGACCAGCAAGGAACUCAAGGAAGUGCUUUGAACUGGCGCGGUGUUGCGCGAGUGGUGGGCCAUGAAGGUUCACGAAUUGUGUGGUUGUCGCACCGUGGCAUUCUGAUUGCAGCCUCCCCUGAACAUCUCAGUCAUGCCAAUGAGGAGGAGAUCCAAGGAUGGAUGGUGACGCAAAACGAGCCUACACCACCAGCAGAAGGUUUUCCUGAAGAGCCACUGCCUGCAGAGGAAGCUUUGGAAGCUCCGAAAGACGGCGCUGCAGAAACGCCUGCGCUGAGAGAUGCAGAAAUGUCAGAAGGCUAUGAGCCUACGGAGGCAGUGGAGUCGGCGGAUGAGAACAUGCCGAAGGAAGGUGGUUCAGUGAAGGCUGAGGAUCUGUCUGCAAGCUCAACAUCGAUGGCUCGUAUCCAAUUGGAAUCAGAGAGAGAGCAAAAGAGAGAAAUCCGUUCAGGCCUUUUCUUUGAGAGGAAGCAGAAGGAGAGAAAAGCUUUGAAGGAGCAACAGAAAGUGCAGCGCCUGAAGGAUUUGGAAAGAGAGGCUGUCACAACUCCCGUCUUUCCAGAGUUUGACCCUGACCUGGAUGAUUUCCGAUCUCCGGCAACAACUCGUCCUGCACCUAUUCCAGAAGAACCAGAGAUAGAUGAGGCAGUUGAGAGAGAAACCAAACGGAGAAGACAGGGUGGAACGGAAGAUGGAAGUGGCCAAGCUUCUUUAGCUUUUGCUUUCCAUGCCUAUGACUCUGACGAGUUCCUCUUGAGCCAGGCGAAGAAUGAGUACGGCCUGAAGGUCGAAUACUACCAAAAGCAUGGCGUGGAGAUGGAGGAAUUUUUGUUUGGUGUUGAAAGAAAUGAUUUCAAUAGCCACUAUGGUGAACUUUGCAGAGAAGCACAAGCUCGGGCCUAUGUAGCUGCACCCACCGAUGCAGCGACUGGUCCAAAGAAACGUGGUAGGAAAGAACUGAGAUUGAAUGAAGUCACCGAAGAGCUGGCUGCACAGUUCAGUGGUCCAGGUGGUUCGGAUGAGAAGGAAUGGACUGCUUGGAUGGAAAAAGGGGCUUGUGAUGUCCUAUCUGUAGCUGAAAGCGAUGAGAUCUUUCGAACCAAAAGCCAGUGCAUCAUACCAACGAGAUGGGUCCGCACCAACAAAAAUGAUGGCUUGGAAGGGAAACCUUUUCUCCCGAAAAGCCGACUUGUGGUGCAAGGUUUCAAGGACAAGUCCCUGGGUUCUUUCAGAAGGGACGAUGUCAAGAACGCCUAUUUUUCUGGACAUGAAAUUGGCCGUGAGCUGUAUUUGCAACAGCCACGUGGUGGUCUCCCCGGCUUCAAGAAAGGCCAACUGCUGCGAGCCCGGAAGGCGAUUUAUGGCGUCUCCGAGGCAGCUCGUUUAUUCUGGCUAGCUCUCAGAGAGCACCUGCUGUCUGACAAUUGGGUUGGGUCUAGACUGGAACCCGCCUUAUUUUAUUUGCGGGAUGCCGAAGGCCGACUAGCUGGUGUGUUGGUCACCCACGUGGAUGACAUCGAAGCUGGAGUCCGAAAGGACAUGGUGGAGAAAGCUUUUGAGAACUCAAGCAAGGCUUUGGAGUUUGCUACCAGCAACCAAGGUAGCUUCAUUUUUCGAGGUCGAGAGAUUUCUCAAGCUCAAGAUGGGCAUGUGGAUGUCAGCAUGACCAACUAUGCCAAGGCCAUGAAACCAGUCAAGAUAGCUCGAGAGAGGCGACAGCAGCUGGAAAGUCGUUUGACCAUGGAGGAGAAGAAUCAAAUGAUGAGCGCAGCGGGUGAGUUGGUGGGUUGGAUCACCAGGCAGCUUCGCAGUGACCUUUCCUAUGAAAAUGGAUGCAUCCAGAGAUGCAAAGGAGAUCCUUGUGUGGCGGAUUUGGUAAGGGUCCGUCAAGCCAUUGCAGCUGCAAGGAGAGCUGCCACCUUUAGACAAAGGUAUUGGAACGAUGUGAACCUGGAGGAUGCAGUUUUGGUUCACAUGGCCGAUGCUGGUCACGCCAAUGGUGUUCCUGAAGGUGAUGACAUCAAGCGUUACCAGUCCAUUGGUGGUUAUUUCCUUUUUCUGGCCAACAAGGAGAUUUUGGAAGGAAAGCCUGCGAGAGCCAACCUUUUAGCAUUUCAUUCUUCACAGAUCAAAAGAGUUUGCAGGUCAACACUGGCGGCAGAAGCUUCGCAUCUUUCUGAAGCUGUGGAGGCCGGUGACUGGCUAGCAGUGCUGUUGGAUGCAGCACUACAUGGUCGUCAAGAUCUCAAGCAUUGGGAUCAACUUGUGGAGAAACGAAAACGGGUCUAUGUCACUGAUUCUCAGUCAGUUUUCGACUAUCUGCAUCGAGAUAGCACCUCUACCAGCAGCGACAAACGGAUGGCGAUUGAAGGAGCACUCUUACGAGAGACCGUUCGUCGUCCUGGUGCUGAAGUCAGAUGGAUCGAUGGGGAACAGAAUCUGGCAGAUAUCCUCACGAAGCCUCGUGUGGACAGGGCCCUGCUCAUGGAGUACAUGAGAACUGGAAUGCUGAGUUUGGUUCAAACAGAAGCCAACCGAAAGUCCAAGGAGAAGAAGAGAGCACAAAGAUCUGCUCGCAAAAAGGUGGUGAAGUCAGAUGAGAAGAAAUUGAAAGAGAAGGACGCUCGUAUCGAGCGAGUGGUUGCCGAGAUGCGGGAGCGUGCUGAGAUUGAGUCAGAAGCAGAAGUUCAGUUUGCAGGUGAAGCCACGGCUGGCAUCUCAUCCAAAGCGUUUCGGACAAACAUAGCAAAUGCUUCGACGCCGGGACCGGAAGAAUCUUCGGUUGCAGGGCCUCCUGCCAGCAUUGACAACAAGGAGGUGGAGGAACAUGAAGGCCGCAGUCUCAGGCUACCCAGCCUGCGAGAUGAAUUGCCAGAAGGGAACGAAAUCGACCCCGAAGCGGUUGACUACAGUCCAGGUGGCGCUGAAGUGAAGCGUGUCCAGCUGAAUUCAAUGCGCUACUUGGGGGCCUUUUUUUCAGCCCGAUAUUGCAUGAUUGGCUCCAGCUUCUGUUUGCCAACCGGCUGGCCGUUGGCAGAAUCGGCAUGCGCGGCACGUUCUUUUCGCCCUGUGGGCGGCUGCCUUGUUGAGGAGAAAGGCCACCCAUCGUCCCCGGAUGUGAUGGGUUCCGAGGAAGGCGGCGGCUCUUUCUGGGCCACCUUUGGAGGUGGCAGCAACGGUGCAGAGGCCUCUGCUUUGGAGAAGCUUCUGCAGACGCCCAAAUGCAGUGUGGAGGCGUUGUUGGACGAAGAAGAGGUGAUUCAGGAAUUCAAGACGGGCAAUCCGAAGCUGGUGGCAAGGCUUUCGGAGCCUGAUGCCAUCAAGGGCUUCAUUUCCACAGUGGCACCGGAGCAUUUGGUUGCAGCAUCCUUGGCCUUUGGAGCAGCGCCCGAUAAACCUGUGCAACCUGGCUUAAGACUGGAAGUGUUUCAUUUGCCACGCGGCACUCUGGGCACUAUUGGCUUUUGGCUGGACUUUGGGAGUUUGUUCAUUGCGAUGUCGAUGACUGGGAACGGCACUGAAGAUGGAAAAUCAGGGCCAUGGUACCAAGUCCCCGUUUGGGACGGCAGUCCAUUGACCUGGCGAGAGUUUCAGAGAUCCAUGAAAUGGUGGCUUGCCUCGUUGGACUUGCCAUCGACGGCUCGAUACAAUUUGGCUGCACGUUGGCUUCUCCGACAAACUGGAAUUGUUCGCCAGCGUGGCGAAGAAUUUGACCCUAAGGACUUGGAGUUUAAGCCAGCAGUUGAAGCGAAGGAUCCAACAACUGGUGAAGUCAUUGAGAUCGAGAAACCUGACUAUCUGCAUGGCCUGAAUAAGCUGCUGCGUGCCUUGGAGGACAUCAAUGGCAUGACGGUCCUUGACAAGCGAGGUGAGUUGCGUCAGCAGUUCUAUGUCGAACUGCAAAGGCGCCCUGGCGAGCGAGUUUCUGAGUUUGCCACACGUUUUCGUGUGGCCGUGGCAGAUCUUCAAGCAGAAGGAGUUGUGUUGCCAGCUUCUGAGUUAGGCUGGUUCAUGAAAAGCAAGGUUGGCCUGGACCCUUUGAGGAAACAGUUGCUUGAGACUGCACUUAAUGGUAAGGAGGAGUACAACUUGAUAGAAAGCGAAAUUCUUCGUCUUUUCAAAGAGCUCCACCUUCAAGACCCACUGUAUCGCAGUAAGCCUGGCUUUGGUGGUGACAAGCAGAAGUUAACAAUUCGCCGAAUGUUUCAGGCGGCACCUUCAUCCACAAGCUCAUCAACCGGUUCAACUAUCAGCCGGAGCCCAUCUAUGUUCUCUUCAGCUUCGACGUUUCGGAAGAGCUCUUCAUCAAAUGCUUCUGGCCCUCGCCGCGUGCUUUUGGCUGAGGUUCCAGAAGACGAGACUGCAGCUGAAGUUGAGGCAGAUGAUGGUAAUGGUGGCGAUGAACCAACAGCAGAUGAGCCUACUUUGGAAUCCUUCCUCCAGGCGGAGGUAGAAUGCUUAGCAACGGAGCUUCAGGAAGCUGAAGACCAUGGUGCCGAUGCCGACCUGAUCGCCGGCGUUGAGGCAGACUUUGAACAGGCCGCUGAGGCCCUUGUUACCAUGAAGGAGGCUCGCAACAAGUUACAAGAGCUUCGAAAAGAUCGGGGUUUCAACAAGCUUGCAGUUGGUGGUUCCAGUUCGAGCAGCCUGAAAGGCGCCAAUGUCCCUGCGGCCCGAAAAGCAUCAGGUAGACACCCAUGCUUCGAUUGCAAUCAACAUGGCCACUGGGCCGGAGACCGGGAGUGCCCUAAACCGGGCGCGGGCCUGGGGCGCAAGUUACUUCCGACUGCGAAGGCAAAAGUUGCUCCUCGCCAAGUUCGGGCGUUGGCAGAUGAGAAGAUGUUGGUGGGUGCCCUGGAUUCAGCCUGCAAUAGAACAUGUUGUGGUCAGCAAUGGUUGGAUCAGUAUCUUGAACAGCUUCGCAAAUCAGUUGAAGCUUCAGCAGAUGUCAGCCGGGCAUUUCAUGCUUCCUCUGCUGAGAUGGAAAGCGAAGAACUUGUCCCCUUGACACCGGGACUGAUUCGCCAGUACAAGGACAACAUCAACCUGGCAUUCGCUCCAUACCGAUGGCGAAGAUUUGUUCUUCGACUCGUAGAUCGGGUCAUCUGGCACUGGCAUGGUUUGCUUUUGUGGUUGGUGCAGCGCCCCUUCUUGCGCUACUUGCCAUAUCCCUAUCCAGCAGUUGCCACAGUGAAGGAUUGGCUGCUGCAAGCGGAAGCUAUGACUCAUGGGAGCGCUUUGAGCUCUCGACAUCUUCUUCGAGGACAAGCCAAUGGAGCCUUCACAGCGGCGAACUUGGUUGCCAUGUCUCGCUUCAGGGAUCGAGUAGGCUGGCAAGCAGCCUUCUUGGAGGAUGGAGUCAUGCAAGGUCUUCUACUCGCUCGAGGACGCCAUGGCCAAUCUCAGAGGAUCAAAGCUGCUGCAAUUCAAGAGGCCCAAGAACGAAUGAACCUCGAGCUGGCAGAACGAGAUCGACUUCAAGCAGCCCGCGCACUUGUGGGACCUCGUGGUGGUCUUCCAGCGCUGAAGGACGACCUCACCAGACUUGCAUUGCUUUUGCACCUUCCGGUGAACCCCAAGGACACGGUGGCCCAGCUCCAGGAGAGGAUCAAACCUUCCAUCGAGAUGCUCAAGAAUGUGACCCCUGUCAAAGCUGCCCCUCAGGCAACAUCGAAGGCGAAAUCAUUGGCAACUCCUCAGGCAUCCAGGCCACAAUCCACGGAGUCUUCAUGGUUGAAGCCUUCGACGGUGGCGGACGAGCAGAUGGCUCAGUUGACUGCCCUGAGUCAGUCCACUUCUUCCUCAAGCUCUGGAAGUGGACGCCGACAUGCCGGAAACAGGGCCUUCGUCCUGAACGACAAGAUCAACCCUGGUGUGAAGCAGAUGAUCACACAGGCCUGGGCCAAGCACAAGAAGGAGCAGAAGCUCAUCUCAUGUCAGCGUUCUGAUGUGCAUCAGAUCCUUUUGACUUCAUGGGAUCACGAGAUGCGAGACUGUAUGAACGAGACCUUCAGCAUUGAGUUCACUUUUCCAAACAUCCUGGCGACUGAGGUGUUCACAGACACUGAACCAAUUGCCAGAAGUGUCCGUCGACGUGGCCUUCAUGCUGGUGACAGCUUGACUUUGUCAACAGGUUGGAAUUUUCUGUUGGCUGCUGAUCGCCAAAAGGCCUUGGACUUGAUACGUCGCCGGAAGCCCUAUGUGGUUAUGUUGGCUUUUCCAUGCGGACCUUGGUCACCUCUUCAAUUCUUGAAUCCGGCUUUGGACUUAGCCGAGAAGAGAGACCAAGGAUUGACCCUCAUUCGUUUUGCCAUCCAGGUCUUCAUUGACAUGUGCUACUUUGGCCUCAAAGCUGCCAAUGGGCUUUUCCACAGGAAGAGCACUCAGCUGGUGACAUCCAUGCAAGCUGUCAUCUCCAACAUGCUGGGAUGCCAAUGCCCAGGUGACCAUGCCCAUGCACCUGUGAUUGGUGGGAGCAAAGUGACGGCCAUUGCAGGCCACUACACAACUGCCUUCGCCGAUGCAUUGGUGGACUCUUUUCUUGAGCAAUUUGAUUUUGAAUCCAAUCUCAUGUGGAAGGAUCGUUUGGACUUGGACUUUGAGGUGAAUUCCACGGAGAAUGUCCAUGAAGCCAAUGCUGGCGAAACUGUUGAAUCUGAUGGUGACGAAGAACUUGGUUUGAAGCCCGAAGACAGUAGCAUCACCAUCACGCCGGCCGUUAGACAGGCCGUGAUGAGGCUCCACAUCAAUACGGGCCACCGGUCAAAUCUCCGGCUGGUUCGGGCACUACUGGUGGCUGGUGCACCUAGAGAAGCAGUCGUUGCAGCAAAGAGGCUGUCAUGCUUGAUAUGUGCUGAACGACAACCACCUCGACCUAGACUGCCAGCUUCUCUACCUCCACCACGACAGGUUGGGCAGCAAGCACACAUCGAUUUGAUGAUUUUGGAUGACUCUGUCAAAAAACCUCAUACUGUGGCUCACAUCACUGACAGCGUGAGUCGCUUUCAAGCUGCUCGAGUCAUGAAAGACAAGAGCUCGGCAGAGGUCAUCCAGUUUUUGGUGGUGCAUUGGAUUUCAUUGAUGGGCGCUCCACACACAUUGGUUGCUGACCAAGGUCGCGAAUUCAUCUCCACCGAGUUCUGCGAUUGGUGUGACUCAAGGAGCAUUUAUUUGUUUCAUGCAGGUGUUGGAGCCCCAUGGCAAAAUGGUAUUGCAGAGCGAAGUGGAGCUACGCUUCGCACUUUGGUUUCCGCUAUCUGCCAGACACAUGCCGUGGCCACAGAUGAUGAAAUGCAGCAGGCAGUGGCCGAGGCAGUUAGCUCCUACAACAAUGACGUCAAUGAAAGUGGCGUCUCCCCUCAGCAGUUGGUGACGGGGAAGAACAGCAGAUCUCCUGGCGACGUCCUUGGUGGAUUUCAUGGACAUUUGGCUGAACACUCAUUGAUUGAAUCAGUUCCAUCAAUGGCAAAGCAAACAGCCAUCCGGGAGACAGCAAGAGUUGCUAUGCUUCGGCUUCAUUACAGCAGAGCCUUGAGACAAGCCGAAUUGGCCCGUUCAAGGUCCACUACUGCGACAUCCUUGCCCUCUCCAGGUGAUUUGGUUUUCUUUUGGCGAGCCCAGAAAUACAAGUCUCGCAAGGAUGGUGGCACUGGCUCACGAUCUCGUAAGCAGCUGAUGCUUCGCAGGUGGCAUGGACCUGGACUUUUGGUUGCGACCGAGGGCAAGGGCGGCACAGACUAUGCUGCCAAUUGCUUUAUUUCCUUCCGCGGCCAACUCUCCAAGUGCCCCACGGAGCAUGUGCCAAAAGCAAGUGCCCUCGAGAGCAUUGCAGCAGGUUCUUGGGAAGCAGCCAUCGAUGAAGUUGUGCAGGCCGCUAAGAAUGACAUGGCGAUCAACUCGAAUGCCCCUCAAGUUGAAUCUGAUGAUGAAGAAUUGGUUCCUGGCACUCCUGUCCCUGCGACGCCUGUAAUGGUUCCUUUGACAGCAGGACCAGCACCUUUGACCAGCAAUGAGGUGAUUGCAGCACUCCAACCUGGACUUGUUGGUGCUGCACCUUCGAGUUCACCGCCUUUGGACUUGGUUGGUGAUCUUUCCAUGCCUGCUACGCCAGCAGCCUCAGUGCCUGUGCCUCCGAGUCCAGCUGUGGGCUUGUCUCCUGGACUUGGGCGAACUAUGGAUCGCGCUCGCGCUUUUGAUGAUUUCGAGCGUGGAACAAAGCGUGCUGCCGAAGAAGAUCUUCCUCGAGCAGAACCUUUUGAGAGAGCUACAGGAUCUACCCUGCAGCCGAAUGAAGCCUUGGCAUUUGAGGCAUUAAUCAUGUCUCAGGCAGAACUUGAACAAGUUGCCAACGACACCAACAUCCAUCCUCUACUUGCUCUUCAAGCCCAAGCAGACCUUGACCGCUGGCAUCCCUUGGGCGCUGCAGAGUAUGACCAUGGGACCUGGGAUGGACGUUGGGCCUUCCUAUGUGAACGUGAUUGGCAAUUGCAAGUUGAGCUGGGUAAACAGCUUCCUUCUGGACAGCCUGUCCAAGAAUCAAAUGCCGUGCAAGCUGCUCGCAAGGAAUACCAUUGGUCACAGAUGAGUGACGAGCACAAGAAGCUUUGGGGUGAUGCAGCAACGACAGGUUGGAAAGCCUAUGUUGACAAUGAGGCGAUCAAGGUUCUGAGCAUGCAAGAAUCACAAGCCGUACGUCGUGAUCUUGGACGUCGGAAAGAACUUGACCGCAUCAUGACCCCAAGAUUUGUCAUGACAGACAAACAUGAUGGCCUUCGAACAGCAUCGCAUCCACUUCCUAUCAAGCCCUCCAGCAGAUUGGUGGUACCAGGAUACAAAGACCGGAGCAACCUUGAAGGCAACCUUCGCCGUGAUGCUCCUACUGGAUCGCGAUUGGCUCAGCAUUUUUUGUUUGUGGUGGCAAGCUUUUUCACCCAUUGGGCAAUCAUUUCUUCGGACGUCAAAGCAGCAUUUUUGAAAGGUGAUCCAUACCUUGCAAGAGAGCUGUACCUCCAGAACACCAACCCGAAGAGCUCACCGAGUUUGCCGCUACUACCUGGCCAACUUUGCCGAGUUCUGAAAGGGAUCUUUGGCUUGGCCGAUGCUCCAAGAGAAUGGUGGCUUCGACUUAGCCGCACCAUGAAUGAGAAUCGUUGGGUUCGAUCUUGCAUUGAUGCAGCCAUGUGGCUACUUUGGUCCGCUCCUCAAGAUGGCCAGCAGGAGCUUGACAACUAUGAGUCCUGCACCUUGGAAGGUGUCAUCGUCGCUCAUGUCGACGAUUUGCUCUUUUGUGGUUCGAAAGUUGCUGAAGCCUCGUUAGCAAAGAUUGGCCAAGAGUUGGGCUUCGGCAGCCAGGACUUCAAUGACUUCACCUGGUGUGGGAAGCGCAUCAGACGUGCUUCGGACGGCUCAGUCCGAUUGUCUAUGGUUGAAUACCACGAGAACCUCAAGGAGAUCCUUUUGCCGAGGGAACGCAAAUCCAAUCCAAGUGCUGCACUAUCGCAGCAUGAAGCACGUCAGCUACGGGCGGUCCUUGGCAGCGAAGAAGCUACAAUCGGCACCAUCCUUCGAGCAAACAGCCUUGUCAAGGAGUUCAAGCGAACCAGCCAGUUUGAGUUGAUUUUCAGACCGAUUGAUUUUCGGCGAGCUGGCAUCGUUGCGGUUUCCGAUGCGGCGCUCGGCAAUGUGCAACGUUCAGGUGCUUCAAGUGGAACGCCCCUGGAGAAGGUCUACUCACAGGCCGGGUAUGUCAUCAUGAUUGCCGAUGAGGCCCUGGUGCAUGGUAACUGCGGAUCCUUCAAUGUUUUGGAUUCGAGGUCACAUCGGAUCCCCAGGGUAUGCAGAUCGACGUACUCAGCCGAGACACUUUCAGCUGAGGAGGCCAUUGACACUGCGCAACUAUGCCGUGGAUUUCUGGCUUCGCUCUGCGGAAAAUCCUUGCAUGGCCGCAAUGUGGACACGGCCAUCAACUCCAUUGCCAUGACCGCAGUUGUGGACGCCAAAGAUGUUCACGACAAAGGGAACAGUGAUACACCAAGUUAUGGAUCUCAGAAAAGCCUUGCAUUCACCAUUGCAUGGCUUCGCUCGGUCUUGAGACGGCCGAAUUCCUGCCUGAAAUGGACAGCAACCAGCAACAUGUGGGUUGACGCCCUGACCAAGGACAUGGACCUCCAGCAUCUUCGCAAGAUUCUGCUUUCCGGGUCUUGGUCGAUUUCCUACAGCCCCGAGUUCUUGAAGCAGGUUGGAAAAGCUAAGCAGCUGAAACCUUCAAGCUCUACAGCAUGCGCUGACGCUGAGCUGCCUGGGACGAGACUGAGUGCUGAGGACCCCAUUUUGCCGCAUUUUGUCGUCUUGAUGGAUUGCAUCACUCUGGACCCACCACCUGAGGCAGGCAAUGCCCGGUGCUAUAGAUAUCCCUUCGUGGCCGUCGAAUUGAUGACCUGUGCCCCAGCAAAAUUCUUGGAACUUCUUGUGAGCAAAGAGAGUGAUGCUAUGGACUUGCUGUGGUCCUUCCUCAGAAGGACUCCGGCUGAGGUGAACCCAGUUCUCGCGGGCUACUUUUCCAGAACUGCUACCGCUCUGAUGAGUAAAUACAAGACGGAGGUCUUGGAUUAUCUUCGUUCGCGGGGUCCGGAACAACUCCUGAGGGAGUUUUUGGACCGAAUCCACUUGAGGUCGCUGGCCGAACUCCUGGCGCGGCUUCUCUCAGGGGAAUCCGAGGCGGAGGUGGUCUUCCAAACCAACGACCUCGUGGCACGGUUCCUGAGCCGCUGGCAGGAAGAUUCCAACAGUGACGCGCAAGAGAACAUCACGCUGGUCCUGGGGGAACUCUGCAGCCAAAAGGACUCCUUGUAUUGGAUCGAAGAUCUCACGCAACAACUCACGGAAGCCAGCACUGUACAAUUUCUCAUUGAUCAUAUUUUCACUCAACCUUCUGGCGUGCCACCAGCUAUGUCUCUAUUGACCACGGUGAUCAUCCACACCGCUGGAAAGGAAACCGCUGAGGUCUGUGCUUCCACCCCCAGUUUGUCGCCACUGGCCCAACCACGCCUUGGGGAGGACAUGCCCCCAGUCAGUUUGGAUGAGCCUGUGGUGGGUGAGGCCGCUCCAGCCAAAAUGGUGUCGCCCGGACCGCCUCAGAUUCUGAGCACUUCGGAAUGGAUGGAAAGGCGCCGAGCCAGCCUGAUGCGUGAGGUGGCAGGGCAUUUCCCAAGUUUCCGCCAACUUUUGGACACCAGCCUCCAACAGAACAGCGCCAAUCCAAGUCUGGCAAUGCCUCAAGGAAGCAUCAAGGCUGUUGGAGGCACCACGCUUGAAGUCAUCAGCCUCAUCACGACACUCUCCAGGUCUGGCCUAGAGGUGAUUUUGGAAGCGAUGCUGAAGAACGAGCUCCUUCCAAGAUGCCUCCAGGUCUUUUUCCAACACCCAUGGAGCAGUUUACUCCACAACUGCGUGAAGCAGUUGGUGAUUGAGGUGCUGUCAGGUAGCGACCCUUUAAGGCAACACUUGGCGAAGCAGCUUCUGAAAGAGGCAUCUCUCGCGGAGCGGAUCGUUGAGGAGUAUGCAGCUGAAGCCUCGUGGAAAGCCACAAAGCAGAAGCAUGCGAGGGUGGGCUACAUGGGCCACCUUUUCCUCAUGAGCACCGCCCUGCAGGAGUGCAAGUCACAGGAGGUGGUUGACAUCCUUACUGCCACCAAUGGUUGGAGUGAGGUGGUCGCUCAGCUAGAGGCGACCUGGAGGACCUGGAGAGUCGCCUCCAUGGCCAGAGGUCUAUAA